AUGAAGUCUUUGAUGCGCAGGAGGUUUGUUCCCAGCCACUAUCACCGUGAUCUUCACCAAAAGCUGAGGCUUCUUACCCAAGGUUCCAAGUCUGUGGAGGAAUACUAUCAAGAGAUGGAGUUGCUUAUGUUGAGAGCUAAGGUUUCCGAAGAUAGUGAAGCUACCAUGGCACGGUUUCUUGGUGGGCUCAACCGUGAGAUACAAGACAGGGUAGAGAUGCAGCACUACUUGGAGAUAGAGGAGAUGCUACACAAAGCUAUCUUGGUAGAGCAACAAGUUAAGAGAAGGAGCCAUGCGCGUGGCAGCUAUAGUUCCAGUAGAUACCAGACUUCUAAGGAGGACAAACCAAGCUAUCAGAAAGAGGGCAAGCCACAGCCAAAGGAAGAGUCUAAGCCUAGUAGCAUCUACAGCAAGGAUAAAGGUAAAGCAGAGGUUACCAGCUCGCGUGCAAGAGAUGUGAAGUGCUUUAAGUGUCAAGGGCGUGGGCACUAUGCUAAUGAGUGUACCAACAAGAGAGUUAUGGUUCUCUUGGAGAAUGGCGAGUAUGAAUCUGAAGAUGAAAGACCGGAGACUGAGCAAGAAUCUUCAGAAGCAGAGUAUGAAGAGAAACCAGUUCAUGGUAGGCUUUUGGUUGCAAGGAGGACUCUCAGCUUGCAAAACAAAACCGAGGAGCUAGAGCAAAGAGAAAACCUGUUCUACACUCGUUGUAUGGUACAAGGAAAAGUUUGUAGUCUGAUAAUUGAUGGUGGAAGCUGUGUUAAUGUUGCUAGUGAGACAAUGGUGAAGAAGCUUAGCUUGAAGACUCAAAAACAUCCUAGACCAUACCGACUGCAAUGGCUCAAUGAAGAAGGGGAAAUGAAGGUAUCCACACAGGUGUCAAUUCCUUUAUCCAUUGGAAGAUAUGAAGAUGAGAUCCUAUGUGAUGUGAUACCAAUGGAAGCCAGUCAUAUCUUGCUUGGGAGACCAUGGCAGUUUGAUAGAAGAGUUACACACAAUGGCUUUACUAACAAGCAUACCUUUGAGUUCAACGGCAAAAAGACUACACUGGUACCUCUAACUCCUAAAGAAGUGCAUCAAGAUCAGCUACAGCUUCAGAAAAAGAAAGAAAUAGAUCUUAAACCAGAACCGAGCAAGCAGCACAACUUCUAUGCCAAAACUGGUGACAUCAAAAGAUCUCUCUACUCUAAUCAAUCAGUUCUCUUAUUUGUUUUAAAAGAAUCUCUUGUUAGUCUAACUGAUUGCACACCGGUGUAUCCGAGUGAGAUGUCAGCUCUUUUACAGGAUUAUCAAGAUGUGUUUCCAGAAGAUAGUCCCACCGGUUUACCACCUAUACGAGGGAUCGAGCAUCAGAUAGACUUUGUACCAGGUUCUACUCUUCCCAAUAGACCAGCCUACAGAACUAACCCGGUUGAGACCAAGGAGCUACAAAGGCAGAAAGAUGGAAGCUGGCGCAUGUGUGUUGAUUGUAGAGCAAUCAACAACAUAACAGUGAAGUAUCGCCACCCUAUUCCUAGAUUAGAUGAUAUGCUUGAUGAAUUGCAUGGUUCUUGCAUCUUUUCUAAGAUAGAUCUUAAGAGUGGAUAUCAUCAAAUUAGGAUGAAAGAGGGAGAUGAAUGGAAAACUGCUUUUAAAACUAAGCAUGGGUUGUAUGAGUGGUUAGUUAUGCCCUUUGGAUUAACCAAUGCUCCUAGUACCUUUAUGAGAUUGAUGAACCAUGUCCUUAGAUCUUUUAUAGGUUUGUUUGUGGUAGUAUACUUUGAUGAUAUCCUAGUUUACUCUAAGAGCCUAGAAGAGCAUAUAGAUCAUAUUAGGUCUGUUCUUGAUGUUUUGAGAAAAGAAAAGCUAUUUGCUAAUCUUAAGAAGUGCACUUUCUGUACGGAUAACUUGGUCUUCCUAGGCUUUAUUGUGAGUGCAGAUGGAGUGAAAGUGGAUCCAGAGAAGGUGAAAGCUAUACGAGAAUGGCCCAUCCCUAAGACAGUGAGUGAAGUGAGGAGCUUCCAUGGACUUGCUGGCUUCUAUAGGCGAUUUGUGAGGGAUUUCAGUACUAUAGCAGCUCCCUUGACUGAGGUUGUCAAGAAAGACAUAGGUUUCAAGUGGGGAGACACACAAGAAGCUGCAUUCCAAUGCCUUAAAGAGAAGCUUACUAAUGCCCCUCUUCUUAUACUUCCUGAUUUUAAUAAAACUUUUGAGAUUGAAUGUGAUGCCUCAGGAAUUGGUAUUGGUGCUGUUCUUAUGCAGGAGAAAAGACCUAUUGCAUACUUUAGUGAAAAGCUUGGAGGAGCCACUCUCAACUAUGCAACUUAUGAUAAGGAACUCUAUGCUUUGGUGAGGGCCUUGCAGACUUGGCAGCAUUAUCUAUGGCCUAAAGAGUUCGUAAUCCACACUGAUCAUGAGUCUCUCAAGUACCUUAAAGGCCAGAACAAGCUCAGUAAGAGGCACGCCAGAUGGGUAGAAUUCAUUGAAACCUUCCCUUAUGUGAUCAAAUACAAACAAGGUAAGGAGAAUAUAGUUGCUGAUGCACUAUCAAGAAGGUAUGCUCUCUUAAACACUCUUGAUGCUAAGCUAUUAGGUUUUGAGCAGAUUAAAGGUAUGUAUGAGACUGAUCCUGAUCUUAAAGAUGCUUAUAACUCUUGUGAAAAGGUUGCUGCUGGGCAUUACUUUAGGCAUGAUGGAUUUCUUUUUUAUGAUAAUCGUUUGUGUGUGCCUAACUGUUCUUUGAGAGAGUUAUUUGUCAGGGAAUCUCAUGGAGGAAGCCUUAUGGGUCACUUUGGUGUUACAAAGACUCUUAAAACCUUGCAGGAUCACUUCUUUUGGCCUCGGAUGAAAAGAGAUGUGGAAAGAAUUUGUGAGAGGUGUUCAACUUGUAAACAAGCUAAGUCUAAGGUUCAGUCACAUGGUUUGUAUACUCCUCUCCCUAUUCCUUAUCAUCCUUGGAAUGACAUAUCUAUGGAUUUCAUUGUGGGAUUGCCUAGAACUAGAACUGGAAAGGAUUCUAUCUUUGUUGUUUUUUCACCUUUUGAAAUUGUUUAUGGGUUCAAUCCCACCUCUCCUUUGGAUCUAAUACCUUUACCUGAGUGUGAAAGGAUCAGUUUUGAUGGCAAAAGAAAGGCAGAGAUGGUGAAACAACUCCACGAGCAAGCUAGGCUUAAUAUUGAAGAGAAAACAAAGCAGUAUGUUAAGCAUGCCAACAAAGGAAGGCGUGAGAUGGUUUUUGAAGUAGGUGAUCAGGUUUGGGUUCACCUAAGGAAGGAGAGAUUUCCAAAAGAAAGGAAGUCCAAGCUAAUGCCAAGGAUUGAUGGACCUUUUGAGAUCAUAAAGAAGAUCAGCAACAAUGCCUACAAGCUUGACCUCAAAGGGAAGUACGAUGUAAGCAAUAGUUUUAAUGUUUCUGACUUAAUCCCUUUUAUUGCAGAUGAGUUCGAUUUGAGGACAAAUCCUUUUCAAGAAGGAGGGGAUGAUAUGAUCAUGGACCAGCAUGCUGAUCAAGAUGAAGAGUUCCAGCUAGCUAAAGAAGAUGGGAAGUCUAAAGAUGUUGCAACCAAAGAAGAUGAUGCCUUAGUCAUUUCCAAUGGCCCCAUAACUCGAUCCAAAGCUAAGAAACUCAAGGAAGCUAUUGGAGGAUUAAUCAAGAAGUGUUUGAUGCAUGAAGAAAGUCUUGAAGGAAGCUUGAUACUUCAAGAUGCACAUGUUCAGAAGGAUGCUAAGACCAAAAGGAGAAGCACAUAUCAUGAUCAAGAAAGAUCACGACCAGAGAAGCUACUGGACACGCCUAUCAGGAGGAGCAGGGGACAAUCUACACUGUCCAGAGAAGAAACAAAACCUGUCCAUAGCCAUGAUGGUCAGAAGGUGUGGCGUAGAGCUCCUAAGGAGUGGAGUAGUCCAGAAAACAUUGCUGAAAUGUGUAACGAGAUAUUCAAGAAAUUGGAGAAGGACAAAAGACAGAGCACACGGCCUUCCUCAAGGGUUUCUGAUCCAAUGAGUUGCAGCAAGCAGGAGCAGCUCAUCCAAACGAUGGAAACAAAAAAAUCUGAGGGAGGAAGCAACUACUUGCUGUGGUCUAGGCUGGUGAAAACAGCUAUUGGGAGGCUAGGGCUUUGGAGUCACAUCACGGAUGAAGCUCAAACGAAGCCAGUGGCCAAGGAAAAUGAAGAUGAGAAGGAAAAGGAGAAAGCUUUAGCUGAGUACAAGCGAUGGGUGAAAGAUGAUCUUAUGGUGCUAUCCGUGCUUCAGGGAUCUCUUGAGCUGCAUCUCCUUGAAGCCUACAGCUACUGCGAGACUCCUAAGCAUCUAUGGGAGGUGCUUCAAAAGACUUAUGGUAACAAAACAAACUUAAGUCGUGUGUUUGAGUUGAAGGGAGCUAUCAAUGCUCUUGUUCAAGAUGGUGAGGAGUUUGCCAAACACUUAGGGAAGUUCAGAGCUCUUUGGAACGAGCUGGAGGGCUUGAGACCCAACACUACUGAUCAAGAGACACUCGCGGAGAGAAGAGAACAAGAUCAGGUGUUUGGACUGAUGAUGACUUUGGAUCCAGCAUAUAAGGAUGUGAUAGCACACAUCUUGAGGUCUCCUACACUUCCAUCCAUGGAAGAAGUGUGCGCGCAGCUACAGAAGGAAGAGGGAUCUAUUGGUCUCUUUGGAGGGAAGAAGGAACUUUCCUUGGCGCACAAGGCUGAAGAAGUGCAAGCUAACAAGGCUAUGUACAAAGGUGGAGAUAGAAAGUAUGGUGAGAGAGCUAACCUUUCUGCUGAAGCAAAUGGAGCUGGUUCAUCCGGAGCUAGUCCAAGUGUGAAGGUGGGUGAAAGCGAGGGUAAAGCCAUGGCAUCACAACAAUUGGGUAGUAAGAGUGGAGACAAUGAAACCAUAAGGAGGUUGCUAGACAUGAUUGAGCAUGCUUGUAGUUCUGAAAAGGCCUUGAAUGUUUCUGAUAAGUUGCUAGAAGUGAUUGAAAGCUUGCGGACUAGAAAUGAUCAUCCUAGGACUCAUAUUGCUCAAAACAUGAAUAAGCCUUUGAUUAUUGAUUCAGGUGCAUCUCAUCACAUGAUAAGUGAUUGUAAGCUCAUUAAAGAUUUAGAACCGGCUCAAGGGCAUGUACCAAUGGGGAACGAGUCAGAUGAGGAAGCAGAACUUGUAAGGAAGAGUAGACUUCUAAGGGAGGAGAUGACCGAGCAGUUACAACAAACUCUAAUCACUACUGUGGCUGAUAUGAUCAAGACUAGCAUCACGGGUCUUCGUGAUGAGAUAAGACAAGAGCUAAGACAAGCUACUGAGACUGACAACUACUAUGAGCGCAGCCGAUCUGAACAUAGUGGUUCUUCUUCUUCUAGAGUGAGUAGAAGGCAGAGGCGUGAUCAUGAAGUUAGGAGACCUAAGAAAGAAGAGCUUGGUGGAGUUAAGCUCAAAAUACCUCCUUUUCAUGGCAAGGUUGAUCCGGAUGCCUACUUGGAGUGGGAGAAGAAGAUUGAGAUUGUCUUCAAUUGUAAGAACUAUACCAACACUCAACGAAUCCAACUUGCUGCAACUGAGUUCUAUGACUAUGCUCUGAGCUGGUGGGAUCAACUGGUUACCAUGAGGCGGCUUAACCAAGAAUAUCCAGUGGAAACAUGGAGUGAGAUGAAGUCUCUUAUGCGCAAGAGGUUUGUACCGAGCCACUACCACAGAGAUCUUCACCAGAGACUAAGAAAACUCACUCAAGGAGCUAAGACCGUAGAGGAGUACUAUCAAGAUAUGGAGCUGUUGAUGUUGAGAGCCAGUAUUUCAGAAGAUAGAGAAGCUACUAUGUCAAGGUUUCUUGGAGGGCUCAACCGAGAAAUACAAGAUAAGGUGGAGAUGCAACACUAUGUUGAAAUAGAAGAGAUGUUGCAUAAAGCCAUUCUAGUGGAGCAGCAGCUCAAGAGGAAGGGACAUUCACGUGGAAGCUAUGGGACUACUCGGUUCCAAAGUCCUAAGGAAGAUAAGCCUAACUACCAGAAGGAGAGUAAACCUUAUCAGAAAGAUGACACCAAGCCUAGCAACAUCUACAGCAAGGACAAAGGAAAGACAGGAGCCUCUGAUGAGAAGAUACAUACUGAUCAUGAGCAGACUGAAGAAGAGUUUGAAGAAGAACCGGUCAAGGGAAGGUUGUUAGUAACAAGAAGGCUUUUGAAUCUUCAAACUAAGGCAGAUGAGAUUGAGCAGCGUGAGAACUUGUUCUACACUAGGUGUUUGGUUCAAGGGAAGGUAUGUAGUCUUAUCAUUGAUGGAGGCAGCUGUGUCAACGUAGCUAGUGAGACUAUGGUCAAGAAGUUGGGUUUGCAAGUUCAGAAGCAUCCAAAACCAUAUAGACUGCAGUGGCUUAAUGAGCAGGGCGAGAUGAGGGUCUCUGAUCAAGUAGUGGUACCUAUAACCAUAGGGAGAUAUGAGGAUGAGAUCUUAUGUGAUGUGAUACCUAUGGAAGCAAGCCAUAUUCUUCUCGGACGACCAUGGCAAUCUGAUAGACAUGUGAUACAUGAUGGCUUCACCAACAAGCACUCGUUUGAAUUCAGAGGUAAGAAGACAGUGCUGGUGCCAUUAACCCCUAAAGAAGUGCAAGAGGAUCAGCUCCAUCUACAGAAAAAGAAAGAGAUUGAACUCAAAACUGAUCUCAACAAGCAGCAUAGCUUCUAUGCCAAACAGGGAGAUGUCAAACGAAUUCUCUACUCUCAAAACUCUAUUUUGUUGCUUGUGUUUAAAGAAUCUUUGCUAACCACCACUGAUCAUACACCGGACCAUCCGAGUGAACUAGUUUCUCUUUUACAGGAAUAUGCAGAUGUGUUUCCAGAAGAUAGUUCUAAUGGUUUACCUCCAGUUCGUGGGAUUGAGCAUCAGAUAGACUUUGUACCUGGUUCCACACUACCAAACCGACCUGCAUACAGAACUAAUCCAGUGGAGACUAAAGAAUUGCAAAGACAAGUAGAGGAACUGAUGGAGAAGG